GUGUCUCUAUAUAAAUUUCAUUUCUUCUCCAUCCUCAUUGAUCAUUUCAUCUCUUAAUACAUUCUUUUUUUUUCUCUUUUCAUAUUUUACGAUGAUGUCGGAAGAAUUUCAAGAAUCAGACAUUAUAUUUUCCGACCAAACUAUAAUACCAAAAGAAACUAAACUAUCUAACACUAGAAACAACGAGAAGAUGAUCAGUACUACAAGACGGUUGGAGAAAACAUCUCCGGUGAGGAUUCCGACGAAUAGUUUCCGGUAUAAGGGAUGGGAGACGGCGGAGGAAGAGGAGGAGGAAAAGACUCCUCCACAUGUAAUAAUCGAAAGAAGAAUGAAAGAGCAAAUAGCGUUUUCGGUUUGUACUCACAAAGGAAGAGACUUGAGCCGUCACCGGAACUCCGUUCUUAGGAUGACCGGUUUUUUAGAAGCUUGAUUUUUACUUAACCGGCCGGUUCAAUUUUUUAUUUUUCUUUAAUUGACCGGUCUAGUGUUGGGAUAUUUUGUUUUGUUUCCCCGGUUUGGGUUUUGUAUUGGAUAAAAUCCCCGACAUGUCUUUGUAAUAUCUUUCUUGAAUUUUAUAUUAUUUGGUUUCUUGAAAAGAGGAGAAAUCAAUACUUGAUGUUAAACAAGGUUUUGAGUUUGCUUGUUAAGUAAUUGGUUUCUUGGCUUAUGGAUUUUGUCUUUGGUCGCAUCUAUUGGAUUAUGCAACUUGGCUUCCUAACGU